AUGUCUCACUAUCCAAACCAAUACGGUACUCAAACACGUAAGACCGAUGAAUAUGGAAACCCAGUGAACGAAGUUGAUCAAUAUGGCAACCCUAUUAGUGGCGGUGAUAGGUUAACUGGUGAAGCCGGUAGACAACAUUUUGGAACUACCGGUGCUACUGGUCAUGGUCAUGGUCAACAACAUCGUGGAGUUGCCCAAGCCACAGGGUAUGGGACCCAUACAGGUGGUGUGGGUGGUUACGGAACCAAGCCUGAGUAUGGAAGCACCAACACUGGAAGUGGUUAUGGUACAGGAACCGGGUAUGGAACCAAUGAGUAUGUGAGAGAGGAGCAUCAUGGAGAUAAGAAAGGGGUUAUGGAUAAGAUUAAGGAGAAAAUUCCUGGUACUGAACAAUCAAGAACCAAUAAUGAGGGAACAGGGUAUGGAUCAACUGGUUAUGGAGCUAGUGGUGGCGGCAUUGGAAGUACUGGUCAAGGGUAUGUGAGAGAGGAGCAUCAUGUUCAUCCUGGAGAUAAGAAACAUGGAAGUACUGGUCAAGAGUAUGUGAGAGAGGAGCGUCGUGGCACCGGAAACAAUGGUCAAGAGUAUGUAAGAGAGGAGCAUCGUGAAAAUCAUGGAGAGAAGAAAGGGAUUAUGGAGAAAAUCAAGGAGAAGCUUCCUGGUACUGGAGGAUGUACUGGACACUAA